UGCAACACAUACACACUACCAGUGCUCAUUUACUGGAUCUGCUCUUUGUUAUCAGAGCAUUUCCCUCCUCUGCUUUUUAUUUCAAGAGAGAGAGGGGGGGAGUUUAUUUUCCCUUUUACCGGAUUGAUUUCUGACUGAAUCUGGAUCUGGUUUGUUUUCCUUCCUCUGGGCUGCCGCUGCAGGGACCAGAGCCGACGCUUCGGCGAAUGUAAUUACAGUAAAAUAAACUGGUGUAAACGUCGGAACAAAGGAACGGUGAAGAUUUUCCCCUCACCCGGUGUGUCAAUCAUUUUUCCCCACCGCAGUUGUCAACUUGGAGCCCUGGCGGGAAAUGGACAAACCCCUUUAAACUGAAGACGCUGCUCGCCGCUCACCAACACAACCGCAGGACGUGAUUUGGACGAGGAUCCCCGGAGUGGAGUGUGAGGCUGUAGCAGAAUCAAUCAAUUAGACAGAUGGAUUCUCCGUCUUCUUCCAGGACUCUCCUGAGACGGAGCUGGACGGACUGCACAGUGACAAACCAGAGGACCAUGUUUACUCCCGUUUCCAUGAUAAACAAGAAGUGCACGCACGCCCAGGUCAGGAGCUAACGUCAGUGUCCGUCUCCUCCGCCUGCAUCCUGUGAGAACUACACGACCCACAAUUCCUGUGAACCAACGACGCAAUUUAGAUUAGAUUAACAAAGAAACUCAGAGGAACAACAGCUACAACAACUCCACCACAAAACUUCUGUGAAGAGGACCAAUAUGGCCAACAACACGGCAGACCACCCUCCGGGGAAUUCGGUUGCCGAGGGCAACCAUGACGGAGACUUUGGGGUAGCCGUGACGGAUCUGAGGAGCCUGAUGGAGCUGCGGAGCGCCGAGGCUGUCAACAAGAUACGGGACACGUACGGAGACGUGCAGGGCCUCUGCCGCCGCCUGAAAACAUCACCUAUAGAAGGUCUGUCUGGUAACCCCGUCGAUCUGGAGAAACGUCACACGUCGUUUGGAAAAAACUUCAUCCCGCCCAAGAAGGCCAAGACGUUCCUGCAGCUGGUGUGGGAGGCUCUGCAAGAUGUCACGCUUAUAAUCCUGGAGAUCGCUGCCAUCAUCUCGCUGGGCCUGUCCUUCUACCAUCCACCCGGGGGUGACACUGAAGCAUGUGGCGAGGUCGCAGGCGGUGUCGAGGACGAGGGCGAGGCUCAGGCUGGCUGGAUCGAGGGUGCCGCCAUCUUGUUCUCGGUCAUCAUCGUUGUCCUGGUGACGGCCUUCAACGACUGGUCCAAGGAGAAGCAGUUCCGUGGACUGCAGAGUCGGAUCGAGCAGGAACAAAAGUUCACCGUCAUCCGCAAAAGCCAGGUCAUCCAGAUCCCUGUGGCCGAGAUCGUGGUGGGAGAUAUCGCACAGAUCAAAUACGGAGACCUGCUGCCUGCUGAUGGGAUCCUGAUCCAAGGCAACGAUCUGAAGAUUGACGAGAGCUCCCUGACCGGAGAAUCCGACCAUGUCCGCAAGUCUCUGGAGAAAGACCCCAUGCUGCUGUCCGGAACCCACGUGAUGGAGGGAUCGGGCAGGAUGGUGGUGUCAGCCGUCGGCCUCAACUCUCAAACCGGCAUUAUCUUUACUCUCCUGGGUGCCGGUGAGAGCGACGAAGAGAAGAAGGUCAAGAAAAGUAAAAAACAAGGACCCACUGAAAAUCGCAAUAAAGCCAAGACCCAGGACGGCAUCGCCCUGGAGAUCCAGCCACUGAAGAGCGAGGAGGCCCCGGAGUCAGAUGAGAAGGAGGAGGUGAAACCGGUGAAGAAGGUCAACGUGACUAAGAAGGAGAAGUCAGUGCUGCAGGGCAAACUGACCAGGCUGGCUGUACAGAUUGGGAAGGCUGGUCUGAUCAUGUCAGCCGUGACCGUCAUCAUCCUCAUCCUCUACUUUGUGAUCGACACCUUCGGGAUCCAGGGUCGGGCCUGGGUGGCUGAGUGCACCCCCAUCUACAUCCAGUACUUUGUCAAGUUCUUCAUCAUUGGCGUGACAGUGCUGGUGGUGGCUGUUCCUGAGGGGCUGCCGCUUGCUGUCACCAUCUCUCUGGCCUACUCUGUCAAGAAAAUGAUGAAGGACAACAAUCUGGUGCGUCACCUGGACGCCUGCGAGACCAUGGGCAACGCCACGGCCAUCUGUUCGGACAAGACGGGCACACUGACCAUGAACCGGAUGACGGUGGUGCAGGCGUACAUCGGCGACACACACUACAAAACUGUCCCUGAACCAGAUGUCAUAAAACCAGAGACUCUGGAAGUGAUGGUCAACAGCAUCUCCAUUAACUCAGCAUACACAACAAAGAUCCUGCCUCCCGAAAAAGAAGGCGGCCUCCCCCGCCACGUGGGCAACAAAACUGAGUGUGCUCUGCUGGGCCUGGUGCUGGAGCUGAAGAGGGAUUACCAGCCAAUCAGAGACGAGGUCCCCGAAGAGAGCCUCUACAAGGUUUACACCUUCAACUCCUCCCGCAAGUCCAUGAGCACAGUGCUGAAGAACGCUGACGGAGGCUUCCGCAUGUACAGCAAAGGAGCGUCAGAGAUCGUCCUGAGGAAAUGCUCUCGUAUCUUGGAUGCCCAGGGUCAGCCUCGCGUCUUCAAGCCGAAGGACCGCGACGAGAUGGUGCACAAGGUGAUCGAGCCGAUGGCGUGCGACGGGCUGAGGACCAUCUGCGUGGCCUACAGGGACUUUCCCGCCGAGGCCGGAGAGCCAGACUGGGACACCGAGAACGACAUCCUGAACGAGCUCACCUGCAUCGCCGUGGUCGGCAUCGAGGACCCCGUCAGACCUGAGGUGCCUGAGGCUAUUUCAAAGUGCCAGCGUGCAGGCAUCACCGUACGCAUGGUUACUGGAGAUAACAUUAACACGGCCCGCGCCAUUGCAACCAAGUGUGGCAUCCUGCUGCCCGGGGAGGAUUUCCUGUGUCUGGAGGGCAAAGAGUUCAACCAGCAGAUCAGAAACGACAAGGGAGAGGUGGAACAAGAGCGUCUGGACAAAGUUUGGCCCAAGCUGCGCGUUCUGGCUCGUUCCUCACCGACAGACAAACACACUCUGGUCAAAGGCAUCAUUGACAGCACGGUGGGUGAAACCCGACAGGUGGUGGCAGUGACAGGAGACGGCACCAACGACGGGCCUGCCCUCAAAAAAGCUGAUGUUGGCUUUGCCAUGGGAAUUGCCGGCACAGAUGUUGCGAAGGAAGCGUCUGACAUCAUAUUAACUGACGACAACUUCACAAGCAUCGUCAAGGCUGUGAUGUGGGGGAGGAACGUCUAUGACAGUAUCUCCAAAUUCCUGCAAUUCCAGCUGACUGUCAACGUGGUGGCUGUGAUCGUGGCGUUCACCGGCGCCUGCAUCACACAGGAUUCCCCUCUGAAGGCCGUCCAGAUGCUCUGGGUGAACCUCAUCAUGGACACUCUGGCGUCUCUUGCUCUGGCCACCGAGCCGCCCACCGAGUCUCUGCUGCUACGUAAACCUUACGGCCGCGACAAGCCGCUCAUCUCUAGGACCAUGAUGAAGAACAUCCUGGGCCACGCUGUGUACCAGCUCGUCAUCAUCUUCACCCUGCUCUUCGCUGGUGAGAAGUUUUUUGACAUCGACAGUGGCCGCAACACUCCCCUGCACUCGCCGCCAUCAGAACACUACACCAUCGUGUUCAACGUGUUUGUCAUGAUGCAGCUCUUCAAUGAAAUCAAUGCCAGGAAGAUCCACGGAGAGAGGAACGUGUUCGAGGGCAUCUACAGGAACCCCAUCUUCUGCAGCGUGGUACUGGGCACCUUCGCCCUGCAGAUCGUCAUCGUUCAGUUCGGAGGGAAGCCGUUCUCCUGCACGGCUCUGACCAUUGACCAGUGGCUGUGGUGUGUGUUCAUCGGUGUGGGAGAGCUGCUGUGGGGACAGCUGAUCUCGGCCAUCCCAACUCACCACCUGAAGUUCCUGAAGGAGGCGGGUCACGGCAUCACGAAGGAGGAGAUCCACGAGGAGGAGCUGACGGAGGGCGCCGACGAGAUCGACCACGCCGAGAUGGAGCUGAGGAGAGGCCAGAUCCUCUGGUUCAGAGGCCUGAACCGCAUCCAGACGCAGAUUAAGGUGGUCAACGCGUUCCGUAGCUCCCUGUACGAGGGGCUGGAGAGCCCAGAGUCCCGUAGCUCCAUCCACAGCUUCAUGGCCCAUCCCGAGUUCGUCCCCCUGUCCGAGGAGGAGGCUCGCAUCCCCCCCAUCGAGGAGACCGGAGAUGAGAUCGACCCCCUCCCCAGUGCCUCCUCUGGGGCGAGGGGAGGAGGAGAGCCACCCAGCGUCUUCCCCCACAGCCGCGAGUCAUCCAUCUGAGCUCCUCCUCCUCCCUCCUCCUCCUCCUCAUUCCUCCUCAUCAACAUCCUAUGUGUCAUUCCACCAACUGAACUGUCGCACUGAGGGGGGAAGUCAUCACUCUGCUCAUCCCCUCAUUCUGCACGCACACAUGCUUCACAUCGUCUUGCCCCCCCCCCCCUCUCAAUUAUUCCUGCCACGUUGUGUUUUUCAUACUGACUGUGGCGUUGUUCUGCCUGUAAGUUUGGAAGGCCUGUUCUUUUGUCCAUCCGUGUAUAUUUUUUACUUGAUAAUCCUUUUGAAAAGCUUUUAAACCAUUUUGGGUUCGAUCCUUGUGGGACUCGCAGCAGCAUGUCUUUGUUCUGUACUUGCUUCAUUCCUGCAUAACGUUCUCAAAAACAGCACCGAACUUUUCAAAGAGUGCAGUGAUUCUCAUGUACAUACGCUUCCGCUCUUCUACACAGCUAACAGCCGGGUUUGGUGAUCAGAAGAAUUUUAGGCAAAUGCAAAAAUGUAACCUUUUUUUUGUUUGUUUUCUUUUCUUUUUUUUUUUUUUUUUUUUUUAGAUGUUUAGCAAUUAUGUUUUUAAAACCUCUAACGAAUGUUAAUUGAUAGUUGAUUCAAACUCCUGAGAAUGUCUUGUGAGUGUGACACUACAGUCUUCAAGGUUCAACUGUUAAAAAAAAAAUGUUCUUCCCUUUAUCGUGUCUGUAUGUGUUGGUUUUUCUUUUUAGCUGCUGUGUUGCAUGUGGAAAGACAGAAUGUUUACUACUCAAAAAUAUCGAACAUAGCGGCGUCCAGAGAGGGCUCGCUUUCUGCUCAGUGGGAGUCUGACCUCAUCUCAUGCAGCGGUUCUCUCAGACCCUCCCCCGGUACAUCCACAGUGUCGAUAGGAAACAGGAGUGUGGCUCGUACUCGCCCUCUAGUAGGAUGCAUGUUAUGUUUCAUUCGUGUUGAGUCGCAUGAAAACUUAGGAAUGAAUAUUUGGGAUUCUGUUUAGACAACCAUCUGUGUGUGUUGGUGUGCAGCAGCGCCUGCUCGGAGCUCCGUGAACUUCCUGUGUGUAGGACUGAACAUCAUGUUACCGCAACAGGACUGAGACAGACUCAUCAAUACUCAGCAAACACAGAGGAAACUGUAGCAGGGCUGUUUUACUUGACAGCAGAGCAGUCGGUGUCUGCGUACAUGGACUUGUUCCGCACACUUGUAGGCAAGUGCAGUCUGCGUACAGUCCAUGUGCUCCUAGAUUUUGCAGAUCAUGACUAAGGGAUUCACCCAUAAAUACCCAUGCAGGUCUGUGAGGUCCUAGAGCCCCUCCCUGCUCAGACCGGCCCCCUCCUCACUGGGCGACUGUGCGCUGAAUUAGGUUAACAGAUACACUGACAGAAACUGAUCUAAAAUACUGAGGGACGAAGAUUGUCAUUCAUUCUCCAUCACAGUCUCAAACACUCAUUUUCUCACGUUCUUAUCUCCUCCCUCUUUCUCUCUUCGUCCCUCCUGACAGGCUCUUGUUAGAAAAGACCCACCCUGUUGAAGUGUGGCAACUAAUCAGAAUUGACACAUUCCAACCUUCGACCAUGACAUUGUGAUUUUUGUGACAUUGGGACCACGCUAACCACUGCCCCCGCCAUGCGCCACCACUCGUCUAGGACAGGGUUGCAGGGGCACCAAGCAAGGUAGCCCCAACCCAGCUCGUCUUCUCCCCAGUAAUGUCCUUCCCGUCCAGAAGUGUCUCCAGACCAGGUGGAAUGUAUAAUCCCUGCAGUGUCUUCUAACAGCAGCCGGGCGCGUCCUCCCAGAUGUGUGUGCGCAGAACACGUCCACAAGGGGGCGCCCUGAUGGGGCGGUAAACCACAUCAGCGCAAAGGAGCAGCAGGUCUCCUCCGAGCUCUUCCUGCAGGUCUGAGCUCCUCACCCUGCCUGCGAGGCUGAGCCCAGACGCUCUGCAGAGGAAAACUCAUUUCAGCUUCCUGUAUCCGCAAUCUCAGAGACUGUAGGUGAGGUUACAGGUCAGUUCUGUACAGUGUCCUCAUUACUGCAGAAACUCAAGCUUACCCCUGCUGUUGAAUUUCAAUGAGUUGGAUUGAUGUCAAAGCCUAACAGGAGCUUUUCUUAUGUUAUUAUCCUCGAGAUUCUCGACUUCUCCGCACAUCUCUGUACAUUCUCGGGAUUAGCACACAAGUUUUCACUAAAGUUUGCAAGUUUGUUUCGCCUAGAUCAAGUUCACAUCUCACAAGUCCCCACCCACCUCUCAAAUUUGAUCCAUGUUGAGUCUGAAUGUGCAUCAACACAGGAAGGACCAUAGUAUCGAUGAGUCUAUUUUGUGCCAGUGCAGGUUGUUCAGUUUAACAGACAGGAAGUGAAUGUCUCUCUGAACGGGAUCUGGACUGUCAGUCUGUGUUGAAGACAAAUCUUAGUACCACUUCUGAUUUCUGUUUCCCUUGUUUGUCAGAUUUUAUGAGCAGAGAAUAAAUCAGCUGUCAGUGACAUCCCGCAGCCAGCAGCAGAGGAGGUGUUCGGUCAUCAUCAUCCCUCUCUUGCUCUGCUGUGUUUGAUUAACAGACGUCAGUGUGUGGCGGCCACGCUGAGGUUUUACGUAGAGAUAAAUCCACUGUGUGUCCCUGCUGCCGCUCAGCACUUCCUGCCUGCCGUUGUCCGCAGAUUACUGUCUUAAAAGAAGAAGGAAUCAUCCUCCAAUCAGAAGCAGCGAUGUGUCUAAUCCCCUCUCUUAGUCUGACUAGCAGCCAUCAACCGAUCUAUGAACUAGGACACGUUAUUGAAGUAAUGUGCUACUACUGCCAUAUUUCCAACUUUUUGUCAUGACUAGGUUCUUCCUCUCCCCUCUGAUGAGCUUUUUCUAUGUAACUCAGAGCCAUAUUUUAUAGGUUGUCUGUAUUGUUUUUUAUCUCAUUGUUAUUGAGGUUUCCUUUGGACUUUCUCACCCUUGAAACCGCCCCAUCCCA